CAAAUGUGAAUGUCAUUAUUGCAAAUUUAUUUCGAAUUAGCAUUAAACUUUAUUACCAUGUUUUUGUACUGUGUGCACCGGAUAAGUGGACACUUCCGGUUGCUAGCUAACUUAGCUUAGCGUUUGGAGCGUAGUAGCCUUGUAACCUAUUUCUGUGCAACAAAACGGUCUGCAGCCGUCCCGCUAUAUGGCUGGCGCUCCUCUGGAGACCGUUACACUGGAUGUUCUUUUAUCAAGACCAACCCAAUUUGUCUAAAAGACGCUGUGCAUGUUCUCCUCAUGCCCCAUGAUUUAAUCUGCCAUUCUAAAUGCAACUGAAUACAUCCAUAUGCACUAGAGGAGAUAACUAAUGACCAAGAAUGGGCUAUUGUGCUUAUCAUAGAAUGAGAAACUGACAAAUAAAGAGGGAACCUUUGGAAAGCUGAAAGAUCCACAUGCGCAAGGGCCAUCCUAGCACUAGGUUGGCAAGAACUUGAGGAUGACCAGCCUGUUUAGGCGCAGCAGUAGUAAUGGAGGAUCCAGAAGCAGUGGUGGGGGCGAUGGACAAGGUGAGCUCAACAACAGCAGACCCAACCGCCAGGUUCGCCGCUUGGAGUUCAACCAGGCAAUGGAAGACUUCAAGAUCAUGUUCCCCACAAUGGACUACGAAGUCAUCGAGUGUGUGUUACGUUCCAAUAACGGAGCUGUAGAUGCCACCAUUGACCAGCUUCUACAGAUGAGCCUUGAUGGACAGGCUUCAGAUGAUAGCUCAGACUCUGAUGACAGCAUCCCACCAGAGAUUCUGGAGAGAACACUUGAACCAGACAGUUCAGAUGAAGAGCCACCGCCAAUCUACUCACCACCAACCUAUGAUAUGCACGUUUAUGACAGAAAAUACCCAGAGGCCCCUCCGACACCCCCACCAAGAUUUGAAGCUCAGCCACCUUCAGGUCACAAGCACGUCAAGAGCUACCGAAAUUGGAAUCCUCCAUUGCUUGGAAAUCUCCCAGAUGAUUUUCUGAGGAUCCUCCCUCAGCAAUUAGAGAUUGUAAAGAGCACUCAGGUUGAGGUCUCUCAGCCUGGAUCUUCACCAUCCUCAUCUUUGAGUCAGUGGACAGCCCAGUCAAGUUCUAAGUCUGGAGCUAUAGGCACCAAUGGUGGUCCAGGUCUGACAGCAGGAGCGAUUGAGCAAGACAAGAAACUGAAGCAGUAUCUGGAAGAUGAGCGCAUUGCCCUUUUUCUACAGAAUGAGGAGUUCAUGAGAGAGCUGCAGCGAAACCGGGAGUUUCUUGUUGCCCUAGAGAGAGAUCGCUUGAGGUAUGAAUCCAAGAAAUCAAAGUGCAGUCAUUCAUCUAGCUUGGAUAAUUGCACAGAAUUGUCCUCUGCACCGUCAUCGGAGGCUGUGUCAGAAGAUGCGCUGUUCAGAGACAAACUCAAACAUAUGGGCAAAUCCACAAGAAAGAAGCUGUUUGAAAUUGCCAAAACGUUCUCCGAAAAGACAAAGAGAAGAAAGUCUAAAAGGAGACCACUUCUGAAGCAUCAUUCGUAUCCUGACUUAUUGGGCACCGCUCAUUCCACAGCCAAUCUUCUUGACGAUGUGGAAGGAAACUCCUGUGAGGAAGAAUGUCAAUCAAGAAAAGCGGUCACUCAGGAAGAAAAUGAGCAACGCACUGAGCCAGAUUCAUGAUCCUCGGAUGUGCCACCAUAUCAUCAUUACCAUGGUGACAGUGGCAUGACCUAUUGGUUGUGGCCUUGAAGCUCUUCCUAUUCUACCACACCCUGAUACAGCCAACAAUUUGUUGACUCUUAUUUCCAAGACCUGGACUUUGCAUCAGUCAAUAAACACACUAUUUCUGUAUUAUAAUAGUUUGUUGAUAUACCAUUUUAAUUGUAAAAGGAAAUGUAUGUCUUUAUUUUUUAACCCUGUCCUUUAAAUAUCUUCAUAGGGGUUCACGAUCUACUAGUAUAGCGAGAGCCUCAACUAUGUUACUUUUCCCUGUACAGUAGCAUAUUAUAUGUUUGUGAUUAAGCAUCCUCAGGUUGGACAUUUUUAAUCCAAAACAUGGAGUGUUUCUUUAUAUAUAAUAACCAUUAGAAUUUUUUUUUUUUUCCCCAUAUAGGAUUUUUUUCCCCCACACGUUUUUUUAUGCAUCGAAAACAAUGUGGCCAUAAAAGCUGAAACUGCCCCAAAUUAACAGAACCCUGUCAACAAAUUCAUAUUUAACACUUUUGUACAGAUUUAAAUGCAACGAAGAUUUUCAGUCGCUUUGUUUGGCAAGUGCUACUUUAGCAUCACGAUAACGGUUUAAAUCUGGAUUUUUUCACCCCCUGUUUCUGCCAUCAGAUAUCAAAAUCUUGAUGACCAAGUGCGGUGCUUAUGAUUUUGCUGUUAUUGGAAUUGAUCAAAUGCAAAAACAGUGAGUAUGAAUCAUGUCUUUAGAUCUUUUAAUAUGUAUUUUAAAGAAUGUAAGUUGCUUUUCUGACGUGUUUUGAGAACGACAUUGUAAUAGCUUAAUAGACAGUUACAAAUAAAUAUAAAUGUUCUGUUAUUAUUAAUCCGGAAACGUGACCUGAAUGACUUAGCUACAUGGAUUUAUUUACUAAACACGACAGAGAUAUGCACAAAUUGUAAAACAAGUGAUGGGUAUUGUUUGUUUUAAUUUUUUUUUUUUUUAAAAUACUCAAUACGCCCAGUGUAUAACUUUAAAAUUCUGCAGUACCAGUGAUUGCCUCUUGAAGCCAUAUUUAAAAAAUGGAUGCAAUAUGGCAUUCACUUGCAUAAAAUUUUUAUUUUCACCAUCAAAAUAAAGCUGUUUACAGCCUGGUAAAAAUGUGAAUCUUUUUUUAACAGCCUGUGACUCCACCUAACAGAAAUAGACAUGAAUAAUAACUAUUUUAGUAAUGGCAAGAAAAAAAUAAGACAUGCGUGAAUAGAUUCACAGUAUGAUGAUGAUGUUGAAACUUGAAUGUACUUAGCGAGAAUAUAUUGGGGAAAACUAGAAAAUGCAAUUUCUGGUGAAAUAACGAACUAUGGUAGAGAUCUAUCAGGUCACUUCCUGUUGGUUUGGGGACAUUUCGGGGACACGCCCUAUUGAUUUGGGAAGAUUUCGGGGACGUCCUGUUGCAUGGCUGUCAAUGUCAUCAACCCUCUAUGGGCGCCAGUUGAAUGUCAGUAGGCUGUAGUGGUAAGCGGUCAAAAAUCACAAGUUUUUCUGCCAUUGAAAAUGGGAAAUUUUGAUGUGCAUGGCUGUCAAAGGCAUUGACUUACAUGGGCCCCAGUUGAAUAUCAAUGGGCUGUAAUGGUAAGCGGUCAAAAAUCACAACCAGCUAUGUUUUCCU